CUGGAAUUAAGGAUUCACACUACCAUGAUGACAACCUGAUGUACAGUGUGAUGAAUUUGUUUGCAGCUGGGACGGACACCACAGGAAAUUCUCUUCAGUGGUGUCUACUUUUCAUGGCCAAGUACCCUCAUAUUCAAGACCAGGUUCAAGAGGAGCUGAGCAGGGUGGUUGGAAGCCGUCAGGUCCGAGUAGAAGACAGGAAGAAUUUGCCGUACACAGACGCUGUCAUCCAUGAGUCACAGAGACUGGCCAACAUUGUUCCCAUGGCCAUUCCUCACAAAACCAGCCAGGACAUCACCUUCCAGGGCUACUUCAUCAAAGAGGGAACUACCGUGUUUCCUCUUCUUACUUCUGUCCUGUAUGAUGAGAGCGAGUGGGAGAGUCCACACACUUUCAACCCUUCCCACUUCCUGGAUGGG